GUAUUCAAGAAGAUCCACAUGCGUUGUCUGUUGUGCACUGCGCUGCUCUUGCUGUGUUGUGCCUACGGGUGCAUUGCAGCUGUUGUGCAGCCGCUACCGCAGAGAGGACAGGGUCCCUGGGAUACGUACACUGUUGCUGAAGUUGGUUCUGAUCAUGUUAGUGGGAAAGAUAAUUUUCAACCCAUUCGUUUUGCUGUUUCUGCCAAAGAAUUUGAUAGGGUGAUGAAGUACUGUAAACAUCUUAACGGUGAUUUGGAUGAAGAUCAGGAAGGAGAUAAGUAUGAUCCCAAAAAAGAUAAGGAAGAAUAUGGAUUUGAAAUUGGUGUUAAGGAAAUCAACGAUGAUUUUUGCGAUGAGGAGGGGCACAACACGGUAACACCUGGAAAGAAAAGAACACUUUUAAGAGAAGUUCUUCCUGCUGCUCUCAAACUACACAGUGAACGUCUCAGUGUUAAGCGGGAAGAGGAAAACUUGAUAGUGAGAAAAGACAAGCAUGAAUUUUCGUCCAAGUGCGCAAAAGUCUCAAUUCCUAAACAGCAUCAAGAGCACGGUGUACCCAACGUUGAUUUUGUGCUGUACGUGGGUGUUACAGAUACAUCUGUGCCUGUGCAGAUUUGCAGUAAGAAUGAAAAAGGUCGUCCUACAUCUGCUUUGAUUAAAUUCGUUCCAGAGGAAAUAGAUGCAACGAGGCAUUUUAUUCGUUUUGCUGCACAUGAGGUUGCACAUGCUCUUGGAUUUGAAAUUGAAACGAUGAAAGAGUAUGUCAAGGAAGGAAAUGAAAUGGCGGGGAAAAAGAAAGUCAGUUGGGUGACAUACCCUACUGUGAUUAAGGAAGUGAAUAAACACUAUGGUUGCCCUAUUGUUGAGGGUGAUAGUGAAAUAAAGGGAAUGGCUUUAGAGAAUGAUGCAACUGAUGGGGCACCGUUACACUGGGAACGUCGAAUUGCGAAGGAUGAGUUGAUGAGUACGUACAGUAGCAGCAGCAAUGGAAUGUUCUACACUGCACUGACGCUUGCUGUUUUUGAUUCUAUGCCAUUCUACAAGGCCGAGUUCAAAAUGGCGGAAUCGAUGAGUUGGGGAAAGGAUGCUGGUUGUGAUUUUCUGAAGGAUGGAAAAGAAAAGAAAGACGAAAUAAUACAGAAUAAACCUAAAAUGUUCUGCGAUGAAGUCAAGCCUACUCUGCAAUGCAGUUCUGAUCGUCUUUCACUUGGAAUGUGCUCAAUGGGGACGUCGGAUGUGGUUGAGAUACCUUUUGAGUAUCAGAAGUAUUUUGGCACAGUUCUCUAUAACUCCGAUAAUGACCUGAUGGAUGGUUAUCCCAUAAUCAAAGCGAUUCCUCAGACAAGUUGUGAGAGGGAUCAGUUGGAUCUAAUGCCUGGAAGCGAUCUGGGAAAGGAAUCACGAUGUCUGAAAGGUGAGAAUCUGACACUGAAAGAACAAAACAAAAAUAAUCUCACCGUUGGUGACAUUUGUGCGAAAGUGAAGUGUGAGAAAGACAACAACACAUUUAAGGUACAAUAUAAGGGGAGUACAAAUUGGCAUGAAUGCAAAAAUGGGAAAAUUGAAGUCACGGAAGGCACAGAGUUCACAGGCGGAAGCAUCGUGUGCCCCACGUACGCUGAAGUUUGCACUGAGUUGAGUAGCACCAUUGAUUUCAACAUUACAUACGACGAAGGUGAGAAACGCCUAAUGGAUGAAGAAGAUAGACGGGAAGCGGAAGAGGAAGAGGAAAUACAACGCAUAAAAGUAGAAGCGGAAGCGGAACGGAAUCAAAAGGAGGAAGAACAUCAAAAAGUGGAGAAGGAAAAAGAAGUAAUUUCAAUACAAGGUCCUUCAUUACCACCUGAUAGUGAGAUGAAAGAGAAUCAUUCAAAGCCAGCGGAGCAUUCGGCUGGUGAAAUCAGUGGAAAACAACCAGUUGCUUCUCCACAGGCCGGAAACCAAGGUGGUGCACCUGCAGAGGGUGAAAGUGAGGUUUUAUCUCCUCCAGCGUCUACUGCGCCACAACCUGCUGGGGAGGAGAAUAAAGCUCCGAACGGCAACAACAACAACAGUACUGCACUUCCACAGGAACCGUCUUCUAUACCUCCAGAAAAGAAUUCCAGUGAACCCGCGAAGAAGCCUGAAGUGGAAAAUAUGCCCAACACUGAGAACCCCAAGCCUGUCGCAUCUGAACCCAUUGCUGUUUCGGAGCAACCUUCUUCCAUAAAGGAGGAGGAUAAGAAUAAUACAACUGAAGGCAUUGAACAAGUGCGAGAAACAUCAACACAGCCUCAACCUCAAAAUGGGAACGAUGAAGGAAUAAAUACCACAGUUGAUCCUACUCAUUCCCCAAACAGUCCUGCCACCGUUGAUGAGAACAAGAAUGAAACCACUGUGAAUACUGACAACAACAAAACUAACACAACAACAUCGAGCAUACCAGAGAAUGUAAACGCAUCUGCUACUGCUCCUGCCACUUUGACGGGACUAAACAACACUCAGAUGGGACAAGUAAUAAACCAGGCGACCACCAUUGCUAUUGUGGGUGCUGACAGCAGUAUUGCCACUUCAUACCAAAUCCCUCUUUUGCUUCUUUUCUUUGCUCUGGUGGCUCUGGCAUCCCCAUGA